UGGAUCAAAUUAGUCAAGGGUUGCCAAAAGCAACAAGCGUGUCUUUCAUCUCCCAAGAAAAUCAUACGUGUGCCCCUCCACUCUUCCCAAAAAUAGAAGCGUAUCGUCACAUCUCCUUUCCCAAAACGAUCACAAAGCAGACGCCCUUUUCUUUUCUCUUUCUUCACCUCUCUUCUUCACUAUCAAAAUCAACCAUCUAAACCCUAGCCUCCACCAUGGCAGAGCCGCUAGCCUGCAAAGAAGCUCCCCGUGUUUCCAUUUCCCACCCCGAAAAUCUGCAAAAACAGUAGAAUCAGCACCAUUUCGGGGGUAGGAAUUCAAAAAUCUUUCAAAUCCAUCAUCCAUCAAUCUGUCACUCCACUGUAACAGCAAAAUCAGAUGUUGCUUUGGUGAAAAAAUUCAAAUUUCGUCAAAUCCGCCAUUUUGGGUUUGAAAUGCUUGGGAAAUUUGGAGGUUUCUCGAAUCUCGCAUUUUAUUCAAAUUUUGGCUUCAAAUCCGGACAUUCAAGUCCGGAUUUAGCCUAUAAAAGGGGGCGGAAGAGACCAAGGAAGAGAUAGAAGAAAAAAGGGGGAAAAGCGGAAUUUUGGAGGAAAACAAAAGGAAAACAGAGAGAAAAAUCUAGUGAAGUAAAAUUAACCGCGCGUGGAGUUUCUCAAUGGAACCUGUUUUGACCCAAUAUCGGGUCAAACGUUAUUAGGAUCGCAGAGCUUCGGAGUCGCGCAAAUUGAAGCCAAAACUCCUAAAUGGAGUCUAGUAUCGCUUUUCAUCUUUCGAUUUAAUUUGUACUUGUCAUGUUUAGUUUUAGAAUGAUACUAACUCUUGUUAUUGAUUUUUUUUUAACUCUAUUUGAUUAUCAAAUUUGUGUUGCCGCAUUACUUGUCUAUCCUUUUAGAAGUAAUGUUCUGAGCUUUUCAAAUAACGCAUAAUCAAUACUAGAUUAAGAAAAAAUGCAUUUUAUCAUACUUGGCUAAUUUUUUUUUUAAAAACUAAUUUUUCCCUUAAAAGGUGUUUGCAAUAAAUCGAUGUGGUAAUCUCUACAUUUUUUUCUUAAGACAAAUAAAAAUAAAUAAAUGAAUUGGAAUUUCACAUAUUAAAUUUGUGGGAGAAUAAUUUUCCUAAGAUUUCAGAUUUCUUAAAGAGGUUGUCUGCUAAUUUUAACUUAUUUUUUUAUAAAUAAUGCCAAUGCUUUACAUUUUUCUUAUGUUUAUUCAAGUUUUUUCCUAGAUCUCAAAGGCUAAGAAACGCAAGGUAUGCUCAUGCUGUCAUGUACGAGGUAUGUUUUAUAACUAUGGUUAUUAUUUUAGUAUACAUUAUUAUCGUCAUUGCUAUUUUUAUUAUUAUUAUGUUUGUUGUUGUUAUUGUUAUUGUUAUUGUUAUUGUUAUUGUUAUUGUUAUUAUUAUUAUUAUUAUUAUUAUUAUUAUUAUUAUUAUUAUUAUGGUUUAAAAAACUCCUUCGCAUGCUAUUACAAUUAUUAAUUUUAUAUAAAUUCAAUUUAUUCACAAUCUUUCACAUAUUUCUCAUAUACUCUUAAAUAUACAUUUCCUAAAAAAUUUUCAUGCUGUAAAAUACUUUUGUUUACUCUAUAAUAAUUUUAGUUAUAUACUUAACUUCACAUAUUUUAAAUUUUCUAAUUAAAUUAUGAGACUUUGCACUUUUAUAAUAUAUGUGUGAAUUAUAUUAUCACUCUUUACAUACUUAAAAUGCAUGUAUAUUUUUGCAAUAAGGAUAUUACUCUCUUGUACAUGGUAGCCCCACGUUCGGUAUACCUGAAAUUUUCUUUUACAUAAAAUAACAAAUAGAAAAAUAAUGAUGAAAGUUUUCUUAUCACCAUUUUAGAAAAUAACAAAAAUAAAAAUUCUUUUUCAAAUAUUUUUCCUAAACUAAGUGUAAGGACGAUCUUCGGGUUGGCUCGGAGGGGUGUCGAACACUUUCUUCUCGUGUAACUAAAAUUCUUUCUUAGAAUCUCAAAAAGUUUUCGAAAGGCGAAAACGGAGUUUUCUACAUAAGAAAUGAUUUUUCCUAAAUUUUCUAAAAAGUUAGGUGGCGAUUCUAUAAAAUGAAUUUUAAAACCCAAGAGUCACGACACUAGUCACCAUAAGAAAUGGUUUUUCCUAAUUUUCCUAAAAAGUUAGGUGGCGACUCUAUAAAAUGAAUUUUAAAACUCAAGAGUCACGACACUAGUCGCCAUAUGUUGUGUGAUUUUUCAACCGGUUUGAAAUAGGGGGCGAUUGUUGUAUCUUGUUUUGAUAAUGAGCAGCUGACUUCAAGGGACCAGGUCUCUGAAUGUUCAAAGGUACAGUACAGCUGGCAUGCGUCUACACAAUUUUGUUUUGUUAUGUAACAAACUGUGCAGGUGCUGUUUGUACUACUUAGGACACUUGGUCCAAUAAUAUUCAACCCUAAUCAUCACUCAUCUAUUAAAGGAAAAGGAUGCACCUUCAUCAAGUGAUUUUUGCAAAUUCGAAAAUUGAAGAGUGAGGGGAAGGCAAAAACUCAAUGUUCUUCAUUGCUCAAGUAAAGCUCAAGUUCUUAUUUCUUGUAUAAGCUAAAAGAGGAGUGUUCUUGAGUGAAUCCUAAGUUUGUUGCUGAUUAGUGUUAGUCAUCUUUGAGGGUGUCUUGAUAGAAUUGUCAAGGUGAAGUUGUAGUAGAGUUGCUACAAGCAGGAGGAGCCUAGAUUUAGGUUGAAAUUAAGUCUGCUAUCAAGAGGUUGAUUAUACUGGAUUUCUAAGAAACUUGUGAGGGCAAACCGUAGUUUUUUUUCCCUUGAGCAAGGGUGUUUUCACGUUAAAUCUUGUGUUCUUUACAUUUCUUGCACUGUCUUUUGUUCUUGGUUGGUUUACUGUUUUUUGCUUGUGAUUGACUUUGAGGUACCUGGUCCCUCACUGUGUGGUGCAACCAUUUAAGGGUUUCAAUGAUUGGUAUCAGAGUUGGUUCACUCUAAGAGGUGCACACCCAGAGUGUCUUGGUUAUCAUGGUUGCUUCACCUAAUCUAGAAUAAGGGCAAUCUAUCACUAAACCACCUAGUUUUAAUGGUAGUAUUAUAGAUGGUGGAAAACCAGGAUGAUUGACUUUAUUAUAGCUUAGGAUAGUAAGCUGAUGGACAUAAUCCUUGAUGGUCCUCAUAUUCCUGUUAAAGAAGUCAAAGAAGGAGAAAUAACUAGAAUGGUUGUUAAAAGAAGGAGAGAUUAUGAUGAUGAAGACAGAAAGAAAAUUGAGAAUAAUUAUAAGUCCAAGAAAUUGCUAGUUUGUGGUAUAGAGAUUGAUGAAUAUAAUAGGAUCUCAACUUGUGAAAAUGCCAAAGAGAUCUCAAAUUGCUUGAGGACUACUUAUGAAGGCACUACUGAUAUGAAGGAUUCUAAGGUAGACAUGCUGACUACUCAGUGUGAAACCUUCACCAUGAAAGAAGGAGAAACCAUCCAAGAAAUACAUACAAGAUUCACUUUUAUCACAAAUGAGCUUCACUGCUUAGGAGAAGUGAUUUCCUUGUACAAGCAAGUGAGGAAGAUUCUUGGGGUUCUUCCUAAGUCCUACGAAAGCAAAGUGGAUUCUAUAACUGAAGCAAGAAACCUGAAGGCCCUCACAAUGGAUAAAUUGAUUGGAAACCUAAAUACUUAUGAGCUCAAGAAACAGCAAGAGCUAGAGAAGAAAGAAGUUAAAAGAGAAAAAUGUCUUGGAUUGAAGGCUUCAAAAUAUGAUUCAAGUGAAGAUGAUAUUCAUGCUGCCUAUUUGGAAAAUAGGAUUGUUAGAUCAAUGAAGAAGAAUGGUCAGAUCCAAAGAAAAGGAAGCAGUAGUAAAAAGGGAAACAAUGUUAAGGCAUGUCACAAAUGUGGGAGUCCUGAGAAUUUUAUCAAAAACUGUCCAAUGCACAAAUUAGAUUAUCAGGAACAUCUCAAGACUCGAAGUGACAAGGGAAAGAAUAGGGGUCUGGUCCUUGAAAAUUCAAGAAGGAAAGUUGCAGUUGAUUACGCAGUAAAGCAAGCUCUAACAACAUAAGGAGAUUCUUCCUGUGAAUCUAUGGGGAUGAGAGUCCUAGAGUUGUGUCUAUGUUAGCAUUAGAAGAUAGUCUAAUUAUCUAUGAUUCCUUGUUUGCAUUCAUGGAAAAUACAAAAGAUGAAGAAAAAAAAGGUAGCUCUUUCUGAUAUUAAGGAAAACCUAGAUAACUACACUGUUAGGAAGAUAAAAGGCUUGCAAGUGUGUUGAUAGACUCUGUGUGUGAAUUGACAGAUAAGAAAAAUGCUUUAGAGGUGAAAUUAGACAAUCCAGAACUUGAACUGAUUACUCUAGCUCUCCAAAUAUCUGAAAUUGAAGAAAUGGUUACUAAAGUAAAUUUUGAAAAUCGGGGUUGCAUGAGUCAUUUAGAGAAGUUAAAUGCUUUGGAUGGUAGGGAAGAAAGAAGCUCCAUGGAUUUAGAUUGAACUUGAAGAGAAACUGAAGGUUUCUCAAAGGCAUCUUAUGUGUGCACUACACAAGAAUAAAGUGUUGGAAAGAGACCUGUUCCUUUUAAGAGAAGGGCUUAAUAAAUCUCUUAAAUGACUAUAUCAUCAAACAUCCCUUCUAACUUAACCAUUCAAGGUGCUAAUAAUAGAAAAGGUCUUAGUUAUCAAGGAAAAAUUGAACCUACUGGGUCUCAUGGAAAGGCUGAUCCUAAUGCUAGAAACAAAGUCCACAAGCCUCUAUGUACCCAUUGUGGAAGAGAUGGGCACAUGAAGAAAAAUUAUUAAAGAUAGCUUAGAGCCAAAAUAAAUGGUUCCAGAGAUGUUCAGCGUUGAAAAUCGCAUCCUAAGGGGUUAAAUCCACUAAAAAUUGUGAAGAGGAAUCUAUCACUACCUAAAUGGGCCAAGAAGGUUUUGAUCACACCAUUGUCCUCCUAUUGGGAACUCAAGCUCAAGUGGGCUCCUAAAUCCAAAAAGUGAUCAUGGUUCUAGGUGUGAGAAAAGGGAUUACAGUUAGGAAUGGGUAUUGAUAAUAUGUGUUCUAAGCUCAAUAUUGGACAUCUAACUGGAUUAUCUCUCUCGAGACACUUCAAGGUGGAAGUGUCUCAUUUUGAAUUAGUUGGUUUCAAGGGACCUGGUCCAAAAGGAAUUCAUCUUAGAUGAAAGUUCUUGAGGCGGUAUGAGUGAAGUAAAGUUUGGGACUUGGUCAUCAGACUUGUUCUAAAAAGCAAGUUAAGACUGAGCUUGAUCAAAAUACCCUUACCCAAUAUUUGAGUUAUGUCUCUCCUCAAAAUUGGCUAUGUUAAGGAGGUAGGUGUCCAUGAUAAAGAAGGUUCAUGUUUAAUUCAGUUCCAUAUCUUUGUAGGUAUACACCCAUGGGGACAACUUAGGAGGAGAAUAGUUGAAGCAAACACAAGUACAAAAUUCAGUAAAAAAGAGAGGGACCUGGUCCCAUCUCUCAGGUUAGUACCAAAAUAAUUUGCCUUACAAAUUCAUCAGAUUUUUGUUUUAAAAAGGCCACAUGUCUUUUCUUAUCUUAACAAAGUUGUCAAUUCAAAAAUUCAAACGUGAAGAGUCAUACCGUUUGCGAUUAAACACAUCAAUCUAGAAAAGUAACUCUUAAAUGUCGAACGGUGGUCUCCUUAAUUAUAAAUUCAAAUCCUAUUGUUUCAUUCUCUUCUAAAUUAACUCAAAACAUUCUUUUCUUUCUUAAUCAAAAUUGGUCCUUUUCUUUUCCCUUCUUAAAAAAAAUCAAAAUGUCUGAAAUUUCAUCUUCUUCAAUCCCCAUGAAAUAAUUGUCCACUGCCUCAAGAGUCAGUAAGUGCUUUACGUAUUAGUUCUUCUUAUGAAAUUCCUGAAACCCUAGGAGAAACUACUCAAUUCGAAAUUCUAAGCUCCAGCAAAUGUCCUGAUGAGUCAAUUUUGGAAAAUGACGUAAAUAAAGGAUUUGGUUCCCCAAUUAACUAAAAAGUUCCUCAAGGACAUCUUCUCUAAAAAAAACCAAAGUCCUCCAGUGUUUCUCAAAUCCAUGUCCCCUCUAAAAAAAUUGAAAGAUACUAAAAUGAAAAAGUACUUACAGUACUUGGUUCCCCUACCCCUUCUGAGUCAAACCCUAUCCUUUCCCAAUUAUGUGAUGAAAGAGUUCAAAUAGAGAAUCUGAUUCACUUAGCAGCGUAAACUUGAUGGCUGAAAAUUUGCUUUUACUUGCUUACGAAACCAAGGAAAGUUUAGUAUGUGCAGAGGAGAAAAUUGCAGGAGAAAAAGUUGAUUUAACAAAGGAAGGGGGGUUUGUAUUACCUCCAGAUGAGGAAGAUGAAGAGGAAGAGGGUGAGGAUAAACAACCUCUAAUUUGGAGAAUGAAUAAACCAGGGGACGGUAAAGAAAAAGGGAAAAUGAGUGACACUAGUGUACAAGUUAUAAGAUCUUAUUCUACGGGGGUCUGAAAAGAAAUUGCUAGCAGAUGCCAUGAAGGAAAUUAAGUCUUCUACCACUAAAAGUAGAAUACUCACGAAAUCUACUGUAGAGAAUGAAGAAAAUCAUGAAGUUGUGGAGGUUAGAGAAGAUGAGGACACUAUUCUGAUAUUGCUAUUGCAACUAAGAAGAAAAGAUAAGAAGUUCAUGAUGCUAAGAGGACCUGGUCCUCUGGUCCAAAGUCUAGCAGUACUGUUGUUCUUAACACCUAAUUUUUGUCCUCUAUAACUAAGUUUAAUUCCAAGUUUUUUCGAUUUUCAAAUAAAAUUACAAUAUUUAUUUCAUCCGAAUAAAAACUUUUCAAAGUAUUUAUUUGGGUAGUUUUGUUAUUUUAAGUAGCGAUUAUAUAUUACUGAA